CUGUACUUACUCUCUUUUUCGUUUAUUGCAUUUUUGGGUAAUGAGAGACAAAGAAGGCAAUGAGCUAUAACACCAACUAAACUUAGUGCUAUUUCAAAAAGAUAGAAACAGAAAGAAGUUCAGAAAUCGUCAGAAUUUGGGUUUUGUGUGAUUUAUAUUCAAUUCGGUCCUAUCUUUUUAUUUUGGGAAUUCAUUUUAUCUAAUUAACAAAAUGAUAUGAUAAUUAAUAACCAUGUUCGUAAUGAAAACACUCUGAAAACGUAUACUGUCGUAAUUAGGGAAUUUGUAUCCUGAACUAGGAUAAUCAAAGAUGGACGAGCCACACAUUAUUAGUUUUGGAGAUGCAGCAACUGAUAAUUUAUACCCAGCUCUUUUCCAAUGUUUUGCUAUCAUUAUAUGUGGGUAUAUCGCUGGUCGAAUGAAUGUUGUGUCACCAUCGGAAUCAAAAGGGAUAGCCACAUUUGUUGGUACAUUUGCUCUACCAUCUCUUAUAUUCCUCUCAUUAGCUCGGUUGGAUUUCAGCACUGUUAAUUGGACUUUUCUCCUUGCUAUCUUGCUUGCCAAAGGAAUAGUGUUCUUUUCUGUCAUAGCAGUAACACUGCUUGUAUCUAAACCUUUAAACUUAGCAAGGGCAGGAAUAUUUGCUAUAUUUUGCACUCAAAGCAAUGAUUUUGCAUUAGGGUAUCCAAUAAUCAAUGCAAUAUAUGAAAAGACCCAUCCAGAAUAUGCACUGUAUUUAUACCUGAUGGCGCCAAUAUCUUUGGCUAUAUUAAACCCAAUUGCAUUUGUAUUGAUGGAAGUAAAUAAACAAAAGGAGUCUUGCCAAGCCAUUUCCAAUGAGGAAGAAAGAAUGAAGAAUUUUUCCAAAGCCAAAUUGUUGAGACAAAUAUUAAAAGGAAUUAUUUACAAUCCAGUGUUAGCUAUGACUGUUUUGGGAAUAAUUGGAAAUGUUAUAUUUAAACAUAAUAUUUCUAUUUAUAUUGAAGGUCUUUUGGAGGUGUUUGGCAAUGCUUUCUCGGCGUCCGCAUUGUUCUUACUUGGACUACGAAUGGUGGGGCAAAUACACAGAUUAAGAGGCCCUGCCCUGUUGUUACCAUGUGUAUUGAUCAUGGUCAAAUUGAUUGUAUUACCAGUGGUGAUGAGAGAAUUCGUCAGCUCGCUAAAAGCGGGCUACAAUGAAAGUGAAACCACGUCCCUGUCAACUUACGCAUUCCUGUACGGAACCAUACCGACGGCACCCGCCGUAUUCGUUUUCUCGAACUUAUACCAGCUAGAAAUUGACUUGAUGGCCUCUUCCAUGGUAAUAUGCACGUUCCUAUCUGCUCCUAUGAUGUACUUGUCCGCGCAAGUCAUCUCUAUAAACAAGGACUAUGAAGACCAGCUGAAGAAAUUUGGCUUCGAACUGUCCAUAGUGGCAUUGGUUGCUGGCCUCUGGGUCCUAACUGUAUUCAUCGUCACCAAGAAGUACAAACGCAUGCCGCAUAGACUGACGCUCUGCCUGCUAACUUCUCAGAUACUAUUAGCCGCGAGCGUGAUCUGGGGCGGACCCUUGACGAAGUACACCCCGUCUUGGCAUGUGAUGCUUCAACAGUCUCUGCGAACGUUCAGUAUGUACUCUUGCCUGCUGUGGACUUCCAUGCUUUCUGUGGGAAUACUAAUGCUAGAGAGUCGCGGUCCAUGUUUCGUGGUGACGCUGUGGCCGGUGCUGGGGUUCGUGGCGUGGGGCGCGCCUGUAGUGAUGGUCGUCAUCCUGAUGGUGACGCAGGCGGGCGCUGGAGAACUGAACAGCAACGCCGUGGACGCAAUACGAUUGUGCCUGCUUGUGUUCUGUCUUACAGUGACGACAGGCUGCCUAAUAGUGUACAUCCGGUUCCGCCGGCGCAGUGCGCAGUUCGCGACACUAUCUGCCGAAGUCUCGGGUUCUAGUCCACCCGAGGAAACCACCAGCCUAGUGGAUAACGCAGAGCCUGUGUCCAACACACAGUCCAUCUCCCAGAACGGUUGUUAUGGGACAAUAACAGCCACACCGUCGCCGAAUAGGACUAUUAAUGCGUGCUGCUCCGACGACCCUAACUGUAACAAUGGGCUCAACGGCAACGGAAACGACAUUGAAGACAUUGCUAACGAUAUGCGAGACUGCGCAUGUCCAGCAUCGCAGAAGCACCGCUGCGCAGAGACAGAGUCGUGCCGCUACUUGACUGAGCUGGAGCAAGCGGCCGGCCACCUGGGGCUGUUGCCACCUGAACAAACUAGGGGUCGCGGCACGCAACUGCUGAAACACACCGUACUCAUAAUCGUCUACAGUCUUAGCAUGUUUAUUGGUAUAACGUACGCUACGUGGAAGAUAAUGAAGAAGGACGAAAGCGGAGUGUUCGUGGAGAUCGAGUUCUUCGACAUCGCGGCCAACUACGGCCAAGUGUUGCUGAUGUUCAUUCUCUUCGGACUCGACCCGGAGGAGAUAUUCAUACCCACCGUCAGAUACUUCCAGAAGAAAUUCCAUGGAGCGGAUACAUUGGUGUUGCCGUCAGUCGACGAUCUCAGCUUUGAAACUAAGCACGUGUGUGACCAGUUCAUAACGCACCACUUGGAGCGCUGCAAGGAAGCUAUUGCGAAGGAUACCAGGUGGCGCAUGCGCACAUAUCACGGGGUGUUCCGCGGCUCGUGUCUGGUCCAUUGGCUGAUGAACUGCGGCCUCGCAAAGGACGAACACGAGGCCGUUACUUACGGACGACACCUCCUCGACGGAAGACUCAUCGCACACAUAAACAACGCGCAUCACUUCUCCAAUUCACCUCUGCUCUACACGUUUAAAUAAUGCUAUAAUCAAUAUAGGUACAAGUAUUAUUAUACUUGCGCACAUUAUUAUCUGCAGCGUGCUGCUCGCAUAUCGCGGUCAAUGCGAUAGGUAAUAAAACCAAUAAAAUCAGUUUCUUUAUCGCGUAGCAGGUAUGUUUAGCUCAUUUAUCGCGUCGCCGAUGAUAUGCGAGCUCCAUGCUCGGCUACCGAUCAUGUUAAGAAAGUAACGUCAUCAGACCUUAUUCGUUCUAGAAUGUGUAGCUAGGUUAUAUUUUGUAUAUACUAUGUGAAAGGCGCCUCCAUUGGUUUAAGUUUACAAUGACAGAAAAAAUAUAUCAGAGUUAUAUUUAGUUAGCAAAAUAAUAUAAUGGUUUUGACACCUUAGUGUAACGCAGCGGGCGUUAAUCUUUCUUCACAUGUUCGGAUUAUAAACUUAUAAUCAUACCUUUACCUCAUAUCUCCAAAUAACCCAUACUUCAUAAUCAUAAGUAUUUUUAUUAUUCCUACGAUUAUAUUAUGCGCACUGAAUACGUAUCCAGUAUAUUCGCAAUAAAAUCCAGUUGAAUGCUAAACCAGUUAAAAUUAUAAAAUAUAUAACCAAAAAGUAUGUCAGGUUUACCCCAAGUUGCUAUUCAGAGUGUAUCUUCUGAAUGUAAAUAAUAAUUAGAUAAUCUGUGUUAUUACCAAGUACCUGAGUGAGGGUCACAAGUUAGAAUUCAAUGUAACUGCCUGCAGUUCAUAUUAUGCGCUUUUAUUAUUAGCCUGGUCAAGAGAAUAUAAAUUGUAGUAUAUUACUACUACUAUUGUUGUAGAAUACCUAACUCAAGACGUUUUGGUUAUUGGCUUGUGUUUUCAUUCAUAAAUCGUCAAAGACAUAAGCUUUGUCUAGUGCAUUUUAUGGAAACAAAUAUUACGUAGGUAACAUCAACAAAACCUCGAUAUCUUUUUUUUCUGGAUUGCAACUGUCUCUAUUGCGAGGUUGUGUUAACAAAACGUGAAUUUUUCAAAAAAUCUCUCACGUGGAUAACCACGUAGUAACUGAUAAGUUACUUAUCUCGCGAAUUAUGUUUGAAUAAUGCCGCCGUGUGCAGACGUGUUUUCUCAUGUAAAUUCUUCAUAUACAUAAUAAUACUUAAAAUGCAAAAUAAUAUGGUAUUUUACGUGCUGGUAUAAAUGACAAUCUCAAUGUAGAUGUUAAGUGUAACAGUUAGUCCAAUCAUGAACAACAUGUCAAGUGCAGACUUAAUCACUGACAUAAAAAUGUGUGAUAAAAUAGGUAGUGUAUAUUUUUUAGAACAUCCAUACCUUGUCUUGUAUGGGACUUGUUGUUUUAUCAUGUAUAUGGCUAAAGCCAAAGUAACAUUAUUAUAUGUCAAUGGCUAAGGCAAACUGAUUUGGUUGGUAUUCAGUUUGCAUUAGCCGAAAGACUUUCCUUUUAAUUAUCCCAUUAAAACUUUUGUUUAUGCCAUGAACAUAAACAGCCUAUGUACAUCCCACUGCUGGGCACAGGCCUCCCUUAAAUCAACUGGAGGGGGUAUGGAGCAUACUCGGCCAUGCUGCUCCACUGUGGGUUGGGUUUAUGACAUUAAAACUUAUUAGGUACCUAUUUUAUACAGUGUCUUCACUGCUCUUUGUAGUUCUUUUAAGGUUAUUUGAGUUGAUCUCAUUAUACAGUUUAUAUUUAGCCCAAUAUUAUGAAUAUUUUUCGAUUUCGAUGUUUCGGAGUGUAACUCCAUUGCAAAGGAUGUUAAUAUAUUUUAUCCUAGCAAUUUAUUAAUUUAUUACAUAAUUAUGUACAUGGAUACAUAUUUAAAGACAAGAUUUUAGUAAUUUACAUUUGUGAUCAUAUUUCACUUUUAGGUGCUGAAUUUAGUUGUUCUUAUUGUGAUGUAUGGCUGUUGCUUACCAGUAAUCAUUAUGUAGGAAUAUUUAAAGAAAAUUUAUUAGUAUAUACCUAGUAAAUUAAGUAAAAUGUUACUAUUAUGUAUUACAUGUUGUAAUGUUAUAUAUUAACUAUGCAGAAGAAAAUGUAAAAAAAAAAUGAAAUAAAUGUUAUUGAUUAUGAUC